UUUUGCAGGGUAUGGUGGGUUCGAAAGCCUCUCAUCUUGAUCGUGAUUUGGAUCAUGAUCAUCAACUGAUGAACGGUCAUGAUGGGAAUGCUGCAGUACCUCCAUCUUCUGAGGUCUCAUGCUCGAUUUGCCUUGAUUUGGUUUCCCAUGCUGGCGGCAGAUCCAGGGCUAAGCUCCAAUGUGGUCAUGAAUUCCAUCUGGAUUGCAUUGGUUCGGCAUUUAAUGUGAAGGGGGCUAUGCAAUGUCCAAACUGUCGGAAGGUUGAAAAAGGUGGAUGGUUGUAUGCAAAUGGCUCCACCCGAUCUCUUCCUGAGCUAAGCAUGGAGGACUGGUAUCUUGAUGAUGAUUAUUAUGAUCCAGUUUAUUCUGAAAUGCCAUUUAGAGCUCAAUGGUGUCCAUUUGGCGAAUUUACCAGAAUUGGCUCAUCAUCUGAGGAAGUGGAAUCUCCAUCAAGUACGUAUCAUGAAAUAUAUGGACACCAUGCUAUAUUUGCUGAACACGCUGCUGCUUCCUCUGUGGCUCAUUCAUAUGUUGCAUAUGUUGGAGCAAUUCCACCCACAACUCUAAGAUCUAGUGAUAGUGUUGAUGAUCCCAACUUUAAUCACCAUUGGAACAUCCUGUCUGCACACAAUGAGAUUUUUAUCCCCCAUGCUUUGCCCACCAUUAGUAUCCAAUAUCAUAAUUGGGGGCGGCAUUCUCCAAAUUUUUCUGUAUCCGAUAGCCAUAUCAGCGGUACUGAUCCUGCUUCUAUUCCAGCUGCAGCUCUGAGAUCUUCUAACGUUGAACUUGAUGCUUUGACUAGACCCAGAUCUUUUCCACAGCCUUUUCCCUUUGAGCAUGGGUCCAGUUCUAGAGGCGGGAGUUCGUUUGUCUCUUCAGUUUUUCCUCGUCAUCCGGGCAGCGUUGUUCAUACCCCUGAUAGAAUCCAGGCAUCUCUUGCCUUCUAUCGUCAGCAACAGCAUUUUAAUCGACUUGGUGUGCCUGCUCCUGUAAUUCCUGGUCUAAGAAGAGGUUUGGCCCCGGUGGCCCAAGCAGUUCCACAACUUGAUCAAAGUGGUGGCUUCUAUGUCUUUCCUCCAGGUUCAUCAGGCCAGAACCUGCAUGAAGCAGAAAACUUGUAUCCAAAUAAUUUUAGUGCCUUGGAAGGAGAGCGUAUAUCUCAUUUCCCAACCGUAUCAAGAGAAACAGGUUGGGGAUCUUAUCAUCCUACAUCUAGCUCUGAUUCUGGAAACAGGUCUAGGAGCUUCCUCCAUAAUUAUUUUGCUUAGAUGAUCCCGUCAAAGUUUGGUUGCAAAUGCUUAUCAGUUGGUUUGUCCAUGUAUAUUUCAAAUGAUUGCAUCCGACUAUAUGAUUGGCAUGAAAGAAAACUAUAAGAAUUGAUAAUCUUUGCC